AUGUCUAAGAACUCUCGUACUGGAAAUUCACAAUCCUUAACCUUGGUAAUAAAACUUGGCACAUCUUCAAUAUGUGAUAUAGAAACGAAUCUACCGUUGCUAUCUAAUCUUUCACUUCUGGUAGAAACGAUAGUAAAAUUACGUUCUUUGGGUCACCGAGUAGUUUUGGUCACAAGUGGUGCUAUAGGAAUAGGUUUGAGACGAUUAAAUAUGGAUAAGAAACCGAAAAGAUUGAAAGAAAUUCAAGCUGUGGCGGCGGUUGGUCAAGGAAGGUUGAUGAGAAUGUAUGAUGAUUUGUUUAGCCAAUUGAAUCAACCGAUUGCUCAAGUUCUUUUAACUAGGCAUGAUCUAGCAGAUCGUACACAAUAUCUUAAUGCGGUUAACACAUUCUCUGAGUUAUUAAACAUGGGUGUGGUUCCUGUUGUUAAUGAAAAUGAUACCAUUUCUGUGAGCGAAAUCAAAUUUGGUGAUAAUGAUACUCUUUCAGCCAUAACGGCUGGAAUGGUUAAUGCGGAUUAUUUAUUUUUGAUGACAGAUGUUGAUUGCCUGUAUACUGAUAAUCCCACGACAAAUCCAAACGCUAAACCUGUGGAGGUAGUUGAAGAUGUCGGUGCUUUAAGAGAUAAAGUUAUUGUUUCGUCACCCGGAAGUUCACUUGGAACAGGUGGAAUGGUAACAAAAUUAAUUGCGGCGGAUCUUGCAACAGCGGCAGGCGUAACGACGAUCAUAUGUCGUGGAUCAGCACCUAAAAAUAUAAUAUCUAUAAUUAAUCAUCCUUUCUCCGAUAAUAAACAAAGUUCAGAAUCAUUACCUCUUCAUACGCGAUUUCUUGCCAAAGACAACCCGAUGUUGGAUCGUAAAUGGUGGAUAUUGCAUGGGUUGCAUUCUGUUGGUACUAUAUUUAUCGAUGAAGGUGCUGUUAAGGCGAUUACAAAGGUGGGUCAGAAGAGCAGUUUAUUCGCAGCUGGGAUCGUCAAGAUUGAAGGAUAUUUCGUUGCAAACCAAGCUGUUGAUUUAAAGAUCGAAAGAACUAUAAAACAUGAAGAUACAAAUAAAGCUGAAGCUGUAAUGGUUGGAAAAGGAUUGGUAAAUUAUUCUUCCACAGAGAUUUCUAGAAUCAAAGGAUGUCAAAGUUCAGAUAUUGAAAAAUUGUUAGGGUAUGCUGAUUCUGAAUGCGUUAUUCAUAGAGAUAAUUUGGUGGUUACAAUAAAAAUCGAUGAUUGA